AUGGGCGUCCGGGACUCCCACGGUGAGGCGACGGGGACGCCCGAUCCCGUCGAGAAGGGGUUCGCUACCCUCAACACUAUCAGGAUCGGUGUGAAGGCUAUGGUGCAGAAGGAUGGUGAGCUUCGCAAAGCCGAAAUUCUGUCUAUUAGGCAACGCAAAGAUGGGCCGUCAUUCUAUGUACAUUAUGUUGAUUUCAACAAGCGUCUUGACGAGUGGAUUCAUGCCUCUCGUAUUGAUCUCUCCUGUGAGGUUGAGUGGCCUCAGCCAGAGAAGUCGGAGAAGAAAAAGUCUGGCGCCGCAAACAAGGCUGCCCCCAGCAAGAAUGUCCAGAAACGCCCCCGUGCUGAUAGCCGUGAAGUCUCCGGGACACCAGAUGCUCUGGGUGGCAAAAACCUCAAUAUUGACAAGAGUCACCGGCCAUCAAAGGCUGGUGGAAAAGAGAACAUUGAUGUCCAGACACCCGGCGAUGCAUCUCUAUUCCCAUCGGAGGCGGCAUCCGCCGCUGAUACACCCAAAGCGGUGGAUUCAGAGGAUGUAGAUAUGACAGACGCCCAAGAUCUCAAGGAAGACGAGGUUAAGACAGUCUCUGGUGAGGUCAUCUCCCGCGGAGAAGAGAUCGAGCGACUCCGCACCAGCGGUAGUAUGACACAAAACCCAACUGAGAUCCACCGAGUCCGCAACCUGACCCGUCUUCAAAUGGGCAAGUACGACAUCGAACCCUGGUACUUUUCACCGUAUCCAGAUUCCUUCUCAGAUGUAGACUUGGUCUACAUUGACGAGUUCUGCCUCAGCUACUUCGACAACCAGCGUUCUUUUGAGCGUCAUCGCGCAAAAUGCACCCUCGUCCACCCCCCCGGUAACGAGAUCUACCGUGAUGACAACAUCUCUUUCUUCGAGGUCGACGGUCGUCGACAACGCACCUGGUGCCGAAACCUAUGUCUUCUCAGCAAGUUGUUCCUCGAUCACAAGACUCUCUACUACGACGUCGACCCUUUCAUGUUCUACUGCAUGUGCACUCGCGACGAAACAGGAUGCCAUCUCGUCGGCUACUUCUCCAAGGAAAAAGACUCUGCCGAGGGCUACAAUCUGGCCUGUAUCCUAACGCUCCCGCAGUACCAGCGCCGUGGUUUCGGUCGGCUGUUGAUCUCCUUCAGCUACGAGCUUAGCAAGCGUGAAAACAAGCUCGGAUCUCCCGAAAAACCACUCAGUGAUCUAGGUCUUCUCGGUUAUCGUCAGUACUGGCGUGAGACACUUGUUGAACUCUUGAUUGAGCCGGGUCGCGAGGCUAUGAGUGAAAAUGAACUGGCCGUUCUUACCGCUAUGACCGAGAAGGAUGUGCACGAGACUUUGGUUGUCUUCAAUAUGCUUCGAUACCAUAAAGGAAACUGGGUCAUUGUACUUACGGACUACGCCGUUGGAGAACACAAUAAGCGCCUGGAAAAAGAAAAGGUGAAAGGUGCUCGAAGGAUCGACCCCGCUCGUCUACAGUGGAAGCCUCCGGUGUUCACUGCCUCCAGUCGGACCUGGAACUGGUAA